AUGAUCUUCAACACGAAACUCUACACAGAAGAAACAUUAGAUAAACAAAACGUAAUAUUUCUCUGUGUAGAAAAGGCUUUCAUCGCCAGGCAGGAGGCAGGAUAUACUGUAGCAAGUAGAGAUAGUGAAGAAGAUACAGAAGAUGCUUGCUUGUUGCGGGAAAUAAAAGGGACUUUGCCGCGAAGUCUGGAAGAAAUACGCGUGCUUCGGAAGCUGAAGGGCAUCGGAGGCGCUCCGCGGCUGUUAAGCGUGUGCAAGCGGCCGCCUGCCUUCCUGAUGGAGCACUGCUGUGGAAGGACGCUCGAAGACCUUCGCUGCGACGACACCGUCAGCGGCAAGACUCUAAUGGAGGUGGCGCUUCUAGUCACGCGCCAGGUCGCGAGGCUCCACGCGAGGGGCUUCGCCCACAACGAUGUCAAGACCGACAACUGCGUGGCAGACGUGAGCGCCACGCCCUUCACGGUUCGCCUCAUCGACUUCGGCAACAGCACGCGCCUCGGGGAGAGCCCCUGCUACGACGUUGACCCCGAGGGCAUGCACCUGGCGCCGGAGCUGUGCCGCUCCGGGGUGGCAACUUCUGCCACCGACGUCUUCUCCUUGGGGACACUGCUGAAGGACCUCAUGGAGAUGAGGCCCGACGACGCCUUCCCGAAGAUGCUCCCGCGCCUCGCCAGGAGCGCCUGCAAGGAGGAUCCCAAGCGGCGCCCCUCGAUGGCGCUCUUCACGGAGGCGCUGGAGGCCGUCGUGGCCAAGAUGGGCGGGUCCCUCAGCUAG